GCUGGACCGCGCCCCUCUGAGGUGUGAGCCGGCCGCUGCAGGGGGCCGCCCGGCCUCGGAGCGCGCACCGCUGGGACUGCGGACACAGCUGGCUCCCUGCCCGUGACCGGCUCAAACAGCAGGUGCGCGGCCAGGACUACAAGUCCCGGCGUCCUCCGCGGGCGCCUGCCGGGCCUCCGCGGCCACUCCGGAGAGCCUGAGAGCGGAGCCCUAGAGGCAGUAGUCGGAGCCGCUGCAGCGCCGAGCGCUCAUUUCGCUUUGGGUUCGGGAGUGGUGGAGCUGCAGCGAGUAGCAGCAGUGGCAGCGGCAGAGGCAUUGGCAUUCAGCAGCAGCAGCAGCUCCACCAGCUCCACCAGCAGCAACAGCAGCAGACUGCUGCAAGGAGCCCCAACGGCGGCCGCGCGCUCGGGCCAUCUGUGGCUCCCCGCCAGCCCGGGUGUCCGGGCUCUGGCUCGGGGCUCCUCCCCGCCUAGCCUGCGCGCCCUAACCCCGCGGGUCCCGAUGCCGAGGCAUGGAUAGAGCGGCGCUUCGUGCGGCGGCAGCGAUGGGGGAGAAGAAGGAGAGCGGAGGGGGCGCGGCAGCUGCUGCAGAUGUGGGCGCAGCUGGAGCCGGGGCCGGGGCCGGGGCCGGGGCCGCGGCCGGCCGGGCUCUGCAGCAGUGCGGCCAGCUCCAGAAGCUCAUCGACAUCUCCAUCAGCAGCCUGCGGGGGCUGCGCACCAAGUGUUCGGUAUCCAACGACCUCACCCAGCAGGAGAUCAGGACCCUGGAGGCCAAACUGGUUCGGUACAUCAGCAAACAGCGGCAGUGCAAACUCAGCGUGGCCCCUGGGGAACGGACGGUGGAACUCAACAGCUAUCCACGGUUCAGUGACUGGUUGUACACCUUGAACAUAAGGACGGAGGUGGUGCAGAAGAUCUCCGGGGAGCUCACACUGGAUGCUUUGCUGGAGAUGAACGAAUCGAAGGUGAAGGAGACCAUGAGGCAUUGCGGCUCCAGUGCCGACGAGGUCAGCCGCAUACAGUACGCCCUCUCCUGCCUCCGGAAAGGGACCGGCUUAGAUCUCCCCCACGGAUCCCCCCAGAUGGUACGAAGAGACAUCGGCCUCUCAGUGACCCACAGGUUCUCCACCAAGUCCUGGCUGUCCCAGAUUUGCCAUGUGUGCCAAAAGAGCAUGAUGUUUGGAGUGAAGUGUAAACACUGCAGGUUAAAGUGUCAUAACAAAUGCACAAAAGAAGCCCCGGUUUGUAGAAUAUCGUUCUUACCCCUAUCUAAACUACGGAGGACAGAAUCUGUGCCUUCAGACAUCAACAACCCCGUGGAUAGAUCGACAGAGCCCCAUUUUGGAACCCUCCCGAAAGCACUGACAAAGAAGGAACACCCCCCCGCCGUGAACCACCUUGACUCCAGCAGUAACCCAUCUUCCACCACGUCCUCCACACCGUCUUCCCCGGCACCCUUCCAGUCUUCCAACCCCCCCAGCGCGACGCCACCUCCGAACCCCUCCCCGAUGGCUCAGCGGGACAGCAGGUUUAAUUUCCCAGCUGCCCACUACAUCCAUCAUAGACAGAAGUUUAUCUUCCCAGACAUUUCUGCCCCACCUCAAGCACCCCAAGUCCCCAAUGCAGCUGAAGAGACUCGGGUCAAUGACCAGCUGAAAGCCAAUGUGUCCGAGGACCAUGAAGGAGAGGUGGAGGAACAGGAGGCGAGUAAGUCUGAGCUGGAAGAUGACGAAGACGAGCUGGACGACCUCCCGUACUCCCGCAAGCCGUGGAAGGGGAUGAUCUCUCGGAAAGCCAGCAAGACCAGCGUCUACCUGCAGGAGUGGGACAUCCCCUUCGAGCAGGUGGAGCUGGGGGAGCCCAUCGGGCAGGGCCGGUGGGGGAAGGUGCACAGGGGGAGAUGGCACGGGGAGGUGGCCAUCCGCCUUCUGGAGAUCGACGGCAACAACCAGGACCACCUCAAGCUGUUUAAGAAGGAGGUGAUGAAUUACAGGCAGACCCGGCACGAGAACGUUGUGCUCUUCAUGGGGGCUUGUAUGAAUCCUCCCCACCUCGCCAUCAUUACCAGUUUCUGUAAAGGGAGGACACUUCACUCAUUCGUGAGGGACCCCAAGACGAGCCUGGACAUCAAUAAAACCAGGCAGAUUGCUCAGGAGAUCAUCAAGGGCAUGGGCUAUCUGCACGCCAAGGGCAUCGUCCACAAAGACCUGAAAUCCAAGAACAUCUUCUAUGACAAUGGCAAAGUGGUCAUCACGGACUUUGGGCUGUUUGGGAUCUCUGGUGUGGUGCAGGAAGACAGGAGGGAGAAUGAGCUGAAGCUGCCCCAUGAUUGGCUCUGCUACCUGGCCCCCGAAAUCGUGCGGGAGAUGACCCCGGGGAAAGAUGAAGAUAAGCUGCCCUUCUCCAGAGCAGCUGAUGUGUAUGCCUUUGGGACGGUUUGGUAUGAGCUACAAGCAAGAGACUGGCCUUUCCAGACCCAACCUGCAGAAGCCUUGAUCUGGCAGAUUGGAAGUGGAGAAGGCGUCAAGCAUGUCCUGGCAGGGAUCAGCUUGGGGAAGGAAGUCAGUGAGAUCCUGUCUGCUUGCUGGGCCUUCGACCUGCAGGAGCGACCUAGCUUCCCCCUCCUAAUGGAAAUGAUGGAAAAACUGCCCAAACUGAACAGGCGCCUCUCUCACCCAGGCCACUUCUGGAAAUCGGCUGAACGCUGGCGGAAUCGCUACUCCAAAGGGCGCUACUACCACCCAGACUUUAAAGGGACCUUCCGUCCCCUCUUGGAGGAAUAGUGUGUGAACUGUCGGAUGCCUGUUUCUCAUCAUUGUGCUGAUAUGCCCAUCAAAUGUCCUGAAUCCUUUCUUCCUCCGCUCCCUCCUCUAGUCCCUGACUCAUAAUUCUAUUUUUUACUCUCAUGCAACAAAAUAUUUUUAAAGUGUGAAUUGGCAAAUCGAGGGAUUGAUGCUCUCUUAAUUCUCUACGAAUUCUCUAGUCCCUCCAGUAGUCAAAAAGCUAGAAUUAUUAGCUAGAAUGAUCUGGUUGGCCUACGCCCCCUCCACUUCCUUUCCCCCAAAGUUGGAAAUCCUUAGAACUAUUCUCCCUUCCUCCAAAUACAGGAGGUAAUUAUUAUUCCAUUGGCUAAAGGGGAAGGGCAGUAUAGUGUAACUGACAGAGGGCCAGCCUCGGAAAAUUGGGAAAAAACCUGAGUUCAAAUUCAUUUGAUUUGACACAAAAUGACUAGGACAUUGAGUGAACAAAUAAGCACUACAUAAAAGCCAGUGAUUACGAUGAUAAUUUUUCUUUGUGACUCUGGAUGAGUCACUUAAACUCUCAGCAAUCCCAGUGAAUGAAUUUACUGAGGAGUGGCUGAGCUGUAUCAGAGAAGGGAAUUUCCACAAUGGAAAUGCCUCCAGCCAGUGAAAUCCCUGCUUUCCAGUUUUCUCUUAUCUUUCCACUUUGGGUAGAGGACCCUUAGGAGACCAAAGACAAGGUGACAUUGAAUGGCCAGCAGGAAAUGUUAGCUCCUUUCAGGCCCCCUUCAGGGUGGUUUAUCCAUAAGAUGCCUUUGCCCAGCCUGAACUGAGACGUCACCACAUCCUAGGCUUAGCUGACUACUGAAAGACAAGGGUCCUUCUGCAUGGCCCAAGAGCCCUCCAGUGUUUGUGCUGCCCAAAUGCAAGGCUCCCUCUCCCUCAAGCGCCUUUCCCGUUGAGCUUUGGCAGUGGUUAGAAGCCUCCCCAUCAUUGGUUCAUCAUUAAAGUUCCCCCUUGGCUGAAAGACGGUGCUUUUCUCUGGGUCCUGGAUUUUAUUUCUGCCUUUGUUGGGGGCGUCUCUCCAAGAAAGCCCAAUUGCCUUUGUCUGUGAAGCCCUGCUCUCCUCAGAUACACUGGGCUUUGGCUCUCCUCUUGGCUCUGAUCUCAUCCAUCAAACUUUUGGUGCCAAUAAUGCCCGAUUGAUUCCCUUUGGGACGACGGCUUAAUCUGAUUUUCUUGCCUUUUGGAAACUUUACCUAGUUAUGUCCUUUCUCCAAAAUGGUGGUCAAAUUGAAAGGUAGAAGAGAAAACAAGCCAAUUCUGCCUGUUUUCCUGUCCUGCUCCUGUCAUGGGAGGGAGCAAAAGAGAUUUAUUUGUUGUUGUUGUUGAGGAUUUUUUAAAAAUAUGGCUCUCUGGGCCAAGUAUUUUUUUAGCCUUUACAACUUCUGUCUUAGUAGACAGAAGAGUGGCAGGGGCUAGGCAAUUGGGAUUAAGUGACUUGCCCAAGGUUACACAGCAAAGAAAUAUCUGAAGCUAGACUUGAACCCAGGUCCCCUUAACUCCAGCCUUAGAACUCUAUCCUCUGAGCCACGUAGCUCACUCACCAGUUUUUUUGUUUAAUUUUAGUUCAAUAGAAUUCCAUGGGAAUAGGACUGUUUUUUUCCUAAGCAGUCAAUCAGUAGUUGUUAAAUGCCUACUAUGUGCCAGCCACAGGGCCAAAUGUUAGAUUCCCUAGAAAGGGAAACAUUCAAGGUAUCUCCAGUGUCAGUAGGGUCAUAGAGCAUCCAGGCCAGAAGGGACUUCAGAGGUGAUCACAUCUAGCCCCCUCAUUUUGAGACUGAGAGCGCCUAUGGGUUUUGUCUUCUGGGUAGUAAAUAUCAAAGGCAGGAUUUGAACCCAAACCCUCUGAUUUUAGAUCUGUUGAAUCCCUCUGGGAUUCUUGAUAUGGGAGUAAAUUUACUUUUGUAAUUAAUUGGUAAUUAAAUUCCAAGCCCUGGUGACACUGUAGGAAGCCAUGGGGGCCAGACUGGGAUGAGCAUUUGCCUGAGGAGAAGGGGUUCCAUUCAGGACCAAGUGGUAGUGGCAGGGAUAGGAAAGGGCAUCUUUUCUCUUUAUAUUGUCUUCCAACAGCAUAGUACAGGGGGAAAGUACACAAUUCUAGAGGAGUCAGGGGACCCGAGAUCAAAUCCUGCCUCUGACACUGACCAGCUAUAGAAUCUUGGGCAAGUCAUAGUACUGCCUCAGUUUCCUCAUCUGUAAAAUGGGACAGUAGCCCACAAAGUGACCCCUAAGGUUCCUUCCAGCUCUAGAUAUACCAGAAUCCCCAACAACAGUGGUCUCCUUCCUCUCCCCUGCCUAUGGGCUCUGAACCUAGAGUAAUGUUGCAUAUUUAUGAAUGCUGGUGGGCAAUAAUGAGGUUAAAACUUGUACGAGGAACUAUGACCUCAGCUAGUAUUGUCAAGGUUUUUUUUUUUUUUAAUUUUAAACUGCUUUCCAAAAUAGGUGACUAAUAAAGGCUCUUGGGGGAGAGCCAAAUCUGUGGCAUUGCUGGGUCUCUGCCAACAGAGCAGCUGCUCCUCCUUUCUACCUUUCACUGCCCAGGUCACACUGCCCACAGUUCCCAUUUCUGUUGUUUCUCCUUGACAUUUGCUUACAGCAGUCCAUUUACCCGAGAUGAGUGGUACGAUGUUAAUUAACAUAUUAAUUAAUUUAUUAGCAGUUAAUUAAUUAACAGGACAUCAGAAACAUUCAUGAACUCAUCCAAGGUCCCACAGCUAGUAAAUAAUGCCAGCAGCAAAAACCCACAGAGCAUUUUAAGGUUUCCAGGGUGUUUCACCUGCAUCCUAGGGAUCCUAUUAUCCCCAUUUUACAGAUGAGAAAGUGAGCUUAAAGAGGAUGAGGGACUUGCCCAGGGCUACACAGCUAAUUAGUAUUCAAGGUAGGAUUUGAAUUCAGCUCCCUCUGUUUUGUAUUUUAAAUUUAAUUUUUGAUUGCAAUACAGUAGAAAACUUUUCUUAUAGUAUUUUUAAAUGUUUUAAUAAUUUUUAUUUUCUUAUAUAUUUAUCUUUUUAUAAUAGUUUUAAAAUAAUAUAGUAGGAAAACAAAAACAAAACAGUAGUUUUUAAAAAAAUAAUACAAUAGAAAAACAAAAACAAAACCACUAGAUUUCAAGUCCCCUCUCUACUACUCACUUCCUUUGUGAUUUGGAAAAGCCAUCUCCUCUUGGGGCCUCGGUUUCCCCUCUUUAGGAGGAUGAGGAUUAAUCCUGUGGUUCCCCAAAUUUAGUUUAUGGUCCUCUAUUCUUUGUUAGGAGGAGUUGGGCCAAGUCUGGGAGAGCCCAAGAAGGUUCCUCUCAGCAAAAGAAGCUCAUUUUGGGGGGUCAAAUUCUUUGCAAGAUCAAGGCUUAGCACUUCUUGUUUAUUUGUGCAAAUAUUUGAGCUAAACCUAUCACGUGUGCUGCAUGAGUUGCAUUUAGAGUAAAUGAAAUGAUUUCUAAAUUUUCUGUUAUCUGCCAUGACAUAAUACGUCAAACUUUGUGGCACGCCCAGUGGAGCUGAUGGCCAACUAGAGUUUGGGCCACGGACCAGCCAAGCUCUGAGAUCCCUUCAGCUCUAAGCCCUCUGAGUCAGGACCAACACACCCUGAAGGCUCACUGGGGUAGGUCAGGCGUGAUCUCAGGGGCAUCCAGGAGCUUGUUUAAUUCUCCAAAAUGGGAUAAGAAAGAGCUGAAGUGUGUCAGGCUGUGGGGUUUUGAAGCACCUUGAAUUAUAGGUCAGCAUUAAAAAGUUUUCUUUGAGGGAUGGCUGGGUAGCAUGGUGGAUAGAACGUCGGACCUGGAGUCAGGAAGACUUGGGUUCCAAUGUGGCCUCGGAUACUUCCUGGGCAAGUCAUUUCACCUCGCUUGCCCAGCCCUUGCUGCUCUUCUGUCUUAGAAUUGGUACUAAGACAGAAACUGAGUUUAAAAAAAAAUCUUUUUUUGGUUGAGAGUUUUUUUUUAACCUAUUGGUCAUCCUGGUUGGGGUUCCUUAGAUCAGCUGAUAUUAACUUCUCCAUCCUCAGCUCAGAGAAUAUUUGGGUUUCUUUUGGGGUGGAGGUAAGUGUCUUUUGUAAUAAUACUGUACACUUUCAAUGUAAUUCAACAAAUAUUUAUUACCACUUACCACGUGCCAAAUGCUAGGAAUCCCUGGUGUCAGGAGGACCUGAGUUCAAAUUCAGCUUCAGAAACUUACUAGCUCUAUGACCCUAAUCAUUUAAUCCUGCUUUUUAUUCAUUUAAAGCAAUCUGCAUAUUUAUUCUUUAAUAGUAUCAGCAGUUUUAGACACCAUAAACACUUCCCCCCAAAACAACCCCCACAGUGAUUGCACAAUUCCACGUACGUAAUAGUGAUUAUGACUGAUAUAUCAGUUAAAUAUAUCACUUUAUCCAUUAUUUUCAGAAGUGUGCUUUAAUAGCUUGAUGCCAUCUUUGUCCAUUGCAUUACAGUUUCUUCAACUGUAAAAUGAGCUAGAGAAAGAAAUGGUAAAUUUCUUCUAUAAAAUUCUGGUAAAAUUCUUCUAUAAAAAUAUUCUAGUAUCUUUGCCAAGAAAACCCUGAAUGGUAUCUUGAAGAGUCAGACAAUGGGGGCAGCUAGGUCGGUAACACAGUGGCUAGAGCACCAGGUCUGGAGGUGCGAGAACCUGGCUUCAAAUAUGAUCUCAGACAAUUCCUAUCUGUGUGACCCUGGGCAAGUCACUUAACCCUGACUGCCUAGCCCUUGCUGCUCUUCUGUUUUAGAAUAAAUACUAAGAUGGAAGGUAAGGGUUAAAAAAAAAAGUCAGACAUGACUGAAAGGAAUACAGAGACAAAACCAAACCACUCCCUGUCCCCAGGGAGGCUGUAUUCUAUUGGGGGCAAUAAUCUCAAGUGUAGGGGGUCCCUGGCUUGAAGGGGUCUCAGACACACAGCCACCAUCAUCGUUGCUAGGGUCCCGGGGAGCUCCAAGCUAACACUGCUCAAUGCUUGCUUCCACUCUUUUCCCCUGACAGCUAACUCUCUGAUGGUGUGUUUGUUUGUGUCUGUGUCUAUUUGCUGUUUUUGUCUGUCUGUUUCCUUUUCUAGGUUGUAGCUCCUGGGGCUGCCUUGCAUGUGUCCUCGGCUUUCCCCCCUCUCUCCUAAUCGACUUCUCAACUCCAAACAGUUGCCUCUGCUGACUAAAAUGCCAACCUGGAUUUUUUGCAUUAACCAGGGGGAAGCAACCUCCGCCUCGCCGAAUCCUUUUCUCCAAAAGUAUUUUUUAAAACAAAAAUCUCCUUCCUGUUUUUUUGUUGUUGUUUUUGUUGGUUUGGGAUUUUUUUUUCUUUUUGCUUGUAUAACACACUACUUUUUGGGAAAUAACUCCUUCACUAACUGUUGGAUCUGGCUGCCUGUGUUUAUUUCCCCCCACAAUGCACUUUGAUCAGCUUUGGAGACUCUCCUUGAUGUACCUGCUGGGUUAGAGGCCAUUCUUUCUCACUAUUCCCCUCUUACCAAGGCAGAAGGCUGGAGCCCAUGGCGUAGGGAUGAGGGAUGUUUGCCGUCUGCCCUACAAGCAGCAAAGUUGUAGCAAGAACCUAGAAAUGGAUCUGAGAAAGAUUUCCAGCCCUUUCGCCCAAGGGACACAGUUGCAAGAGUGCCCGUUCUGGACUUAGUGGGUCCAAAUGCCAUCUCUGCCCCGACUGCCCAUGUGACCUUAGACCAAGCACUUAACCCAUCGGGGUCUCUAAAGGCUCCCCUUAAAUCAGGGUUCUUAACCUUGUUUGUAUUCUAGACACAUUGGGCAGCAGUCUGGUGAAGCCUCUGGACCCAUUCUCAGGGGCUCUUUUCAAAUGCUUAAAAUAAAAUUAUAGGAUUACAAAGGAAACCAAUUCUACUGAAAUGCAGUGAUCAAAAUUGUUAAAAAAUAGUUCACAGACUCCAGCCUUAAAUCCAUGGUCCUAUGAUCAGGAAGACUUUGACCACUCCAGGGCGAAGUCUUCCUGAUCAUAGGACUGUGGAGACUCCACUCCAUGGGGGGAAAAAAAAUCUCCCACAGUUGCUGCUUCUGUUCCUUGGAUGACGAGCCUGGAAAUGGGAGCUCCUGGGUUCUAACCUGGCCUCAAAUACUUCCUAGAUGUAUGAUCUUGGGCAAGUCACUUAACCCCAAUUGCCUAGCCCUUGCCACUCUUCUGCUUUGGAAUGGAUACUCAGUAUUGUUUCUAAGACAGAGAGUAAGGUUUAAAAAAUGGUGGAUGAAUGGUGGAUGUCACAAGAGCUAUCCUUAAGUUUGCUUGUCUCACAAGCUUAGGGUCAUCUCAUAUCUACAGGAACAAUAUGGGGUCCUCACAGUUAAUGCAAACUCCUUUUAAUAUAGGAAAAUGAGAGGGUGUGUGUUGCAGUGGCAAAACAGAUUGGAUUAGGAGUCAGAGAUCCUGAGUUCUGACCCUUUCUCAGUUCCUGACUCCCUACGUGUCCUUGUGGAAGUCAGUUUCUUCUCAGAGCCUCAGUUACCCCAUCUGUAAAAAUGAAGGCAAUAGGAGAGAUGAUCUCAGAGAUCCCUCCCAAACCGUAGUUAUUGUAUGUGACUCCAAUGCAAGCUCAGGGUUGUAGUGUGCUGUGAAUUAGGACCACAAGAAUUCCCUGAUGUGAAGCAGGACAUCUGCAGCCAUCUUGCUUGUGUCUCUGAGUUUGCUAUUACUUUUGGAAAGUCAUUUAAAAAAACAACACAGUAUUUUUUCCUAAAAAGAUGUCUCUGUGCCUUUUGUUUUUAUAUAUGAAUUAUUCCCAGAUAUGCCUCACUUCCUCAUAUCCCUGCAAAGCCAGCCUUCUGUUGUAACAGGAAAAAAAAUAGACGAUUUAGUAAAGCCAACUCAUAGGGACUGUAUGCAACAUUCUGUGGCCACAGCCACCCACCUCUCCAACCCAAAAGGAGAUAAUAAAGCCAUUAUUUUCAUAAAAAUGACCCUUUGUGGUUCUCUACUCAAAAAUAUGGUGCUUUAAGAUUUGUGAAGCACUUUACAAGUAUCAUCUCGCUUGAUCCUGAGGGUAUUGUUAUCCUCAUCUUAUGGCUGGGACUCUGGAGACUUAAGGGAGGUUUAAAUGACUCACCCAGGGCCACACACACACACACACACACACACACACACACACACGCACAGAGUAAAUCACUGAGUUGAGACUGGAAUCUGGGCUUUCUGACUCUUAGGCUUCUUCUUCUUGUCCAGAUACCUGAAGCAGUUUGCAUCGAGUCUUUUUUUGUCAUGAGACUCCGUCCUUCACUCUACUUCCUCAUCCCCCUCUGUUCCCCCUACACCCAAAACAUGAGGGACAUCUUCUGGUCCGCCAAGACCAAUGCCCAUAAAAUCAAAAUGGCGGCUCGCCUUCCUUCUCCAUCAAGUGGAAGUGGUAGAAAGACGCCCUGGCCUUGUUUCUGGUGAAAUCCUUCUGACCCUUUGGUUGGAUGCCUGGGUUCUUUGUCAGACCAUAGAGCCAAUAGAGAUAAACCCACCCCAUCCCUCACCUGUUUUAAAGGUUUAGUGACUCCAGCAGGAAAUCCCAAGGGGCUAAAACGUGUUUCUCUUCCUUUUUUCAGCAUUAACAGUAGCAAAGUUGUGUCCCGGUUUGAAAGGUUUGGCAUGGGCAUCCCGGAGUCCAGUAACCCAAAGAUUUAGCCUGGUGUGCAAUGAUUCUCACUGCUGUUGAUUUUUAUUAUCUUUUGUGGGUUUGUUGUUCUCCCCUCUUAUCUCUGUCCCCCACCCCAAAAAAGAACUCAACUCUGCAAAACGUCAGCCACCUUCUUAGAAUCCAGCCAACCAGGAGCCCAUCGAUCUGUCAUCGUGUCCGAAUGUUUGCCCACACAUACAUUUGUCUCCUGAAUCGAGACCUUCGCCCAGUGUAUGUGUGUCUGUGGGUAUACACAGAUAUGUGUCUAUUUAUAUACAUAGUAUAUACAUGUGUAUAAAGACAUAUAUGUUCACGUAUGUAUAUGUGUAGAUUAUACGUGCAUAUGUGUGUAUCAAAUCCAGACAGACAAUGAGUUUACAUGGAACAUUUCUAUUGAAUGAACGUGGGGUAUUGGUUUUUUUUUUUACAGAUAAUAAUAAAAGUGACCCAAGUGUCUACAACAUGAAUGUUUAGCUGACCUGAAUGGUAGUGUCGGAUGAAAGGGAAUCCCUGAAAUCCAUCAGGCUACCCAAGCUGGGACAGAUGGAAUAGCUAGAAGGGCUCUGAGGUGGGUGGCCAGGAGGGGGUGAAGCAAAGAAAGAUUGGAUUUCUUGGGAGGAAGGGGAGGAAACGUCCUCCAAGCAAAGUCUGCUGGGCAACCAUUUGUCAGGUACAUUAUAGAGGGGAGCCUUUUUGGUUAUGGUUUGGUGAACUAGAUGGUCUCUGAGGUCCUUCUGGCCCAGACAUUCUGGAAUUCCAACUCGGCCUCUAUUACUUGGACCCUAACCUUACCACUUGCUGCCUUCCAUGAACUAUGGAAACUGGCCCUUAAUAGGGAAGAUCCUUGAGACAUAUAGAACAGCAAAAUACAAUGGAAAAGAUGGUAUCUAAAACUAGAAGACCUGAGUUCUAAUCCUAUCUCUGAUCUUUCCUAGCUAUGUGACCUUGGGCAAUCUACUUUCUCGAAGCCUCAGUUUCCUUACCUGUAAACUGAGGAGGUUAGGCCAGAUGGCUUCUGAGUCUCCUUCCAGCUCUAGGUCUGUUGUUUGAGUCCUGACAUGGGAAAUGUGGACAAGUUAUUUCCCCUCCCUGAGACUCAGUUUCUCCAUCUGUAGAAUGAGGGUGUUUCACUAGAUGUGGAACUUUUCAGUUCACAUCUAUGAUCCUAUGAUCCUUCAUUCUGCUGGCUUUCCAUUCAGGGAUCCAGAUCAGUGGUUUCCCAUUCAGGGAUCCAGAUCAGCACUGAGCUGGAAGAGAAUGCCCAAGCCAGUUUUUCUCACCCUCUCCCCAGGAAUUCCCUCCAGAUUAGAUUACAGGAGCUGUGGGGAAGCAGGUACAGUACUGAGCUCUGUCUGCUGCUGCCACCCUCCUCAGUAUGUGUCUGUAGUUGUUUCCUGGAGUUGUCAGGAAGGUGUAGGAAGGUGGAGCUGGCUUCCUGCAUUCUGCCUGAUUGGGGAAGUAGGAAAUAGAACAAAAGUGAGCACUAGAGGUCCUUGGCCCAGCUGAGGGCAGAGGUAACUAGUGGAGAUGAGGAAUAAAGAGAAUAGAGUCACCAGGAGCAGUAGAGUCUCAUGUAUCCCUUCUCCCCUUCCUCCAAAACACAGCCACUGAUUUUGCCUCAGUAUCCCCUUUUAGCCUUUUUUGAUUGGUAUUUAUUAAGCACUACUAUGUUCUGGGCAAUAGAGGUAUAAGUACAAUACAAAGAAUGAAACAACCCCUUCUCUUGAGAAGUUUAUGUUCUAAUAAGAAGACAAGUACCUCUCGACAGGGGCUUUUUAAAUUCAUUCAACAAGGCAUUUAUUAAAGACCUACUAUGUGCUAGAUUCUGAGAUGCAAAACCCCAAACAAGUGCCUACCCUCAAGGAGCUUACACUCUUCUAGAUUUCAGCUGUAUUCUAUUUGGGCACAGCCCAGCUUAAGAGUUGCUAAUUGUCACGGGUGUCAUUCCACUAAGAAUGGCUAAGGAUAGAGAGUCCUAUCACAUUGUUUGAAAAGCACCCAAGGGUAGAUGGGCAAAUCAGCCCUAGAGAAGAGGUGCCUCAGAGGAGUAUUAGAUCUCAGAGGAGAGAGGAAGAGAGAAGCCAAGACCCUGGAACAUGGCAGUAUAUGUGGAUUUGAAUCCAGUUGAGAAAGAGGGAGAGAUCCUAGCACCCAAGAUUUUGACUUCACAGAGUCCAACUAAUCAAAGGGUUAUUAACCUUUGCUGUGUCCUGGACCCAUUGGGCAAAAGCCUGGUGACAUGGGUGGACCCAAAAGGAUGAAUCUGUCAAAAUUAAGUUUUCGUUUUUGUUUUAAACCCUCACCUUCCCACUUAGAAUCAAUACUGUGUAUUGGUUCCAAGGCAGAAGAAUGAUAAGGGCUAGGCAAUGGGGGUCAAGUGACUUGCCCAAAGUCACACAGCUGGGAAGGGUCUGAGGCCAGCAUUUGAACCCAGGACCUUCUAGGUCUGGCUCUUAAUCCACUGAGCUUCCUAGCUGCCCCAGCAGAAUUAUGUUUUUAAAUGAAUAAAAUAAAAUAUGGAAGAUUACAAAGAAACCAAAUCUCUUGAAAUAUAUUAUCAAAAUAGUUUUUAAAAUUCAUAGACCUUUGAAAUCUAUCCAUAAACUUUUAGAGGGUUCACAGGUGAAGAACCCCUGAUCUAAUCUAACCCUCUAUUUCUUUUUGUUGUUGUUAAACUCUUAUCCUCUGUCUUAGUAUCCAUUCUAAGACAGAAGAGUACCAAGGACUAGGCAAUUAGGGUUAAGUGACUUGUCCAGGGUCACACCCCUGGAAAAUGUUUCUGAUGAGGCCCUUAGAAAGGUGAACGACUUGCCCAAGGUCACAUGAGUAGUAUCUAGGGUGGGCUUUGAACCCUAGGCCUCUGAUUCCAGAGUAUGGUAGUCCUUACACAGGUGGAUUUGGACUCAAUUACUGGGGUUUUAGAAUAGACACAGACAACGCUUGUAGUUUGGCCGCCUCCCUACCCCCCUACCCAAAAUGGGAUUCAAAAAAUGGAGGGUAUCAAGGGGAAGGCCUGGCUUAAAAGACCUGAGGAGGUCUAAUCUUUGACCCCAUCCCAGACCUUGACUAAGGCCAGCAUCCUGAAUAGUGCCUUUCUUUAUUGAUACAAAAAGAGCUCCAGAGGCUCUAUAAAGAGGUCAAACUCAGCCUCAUGCCAUUCUGGUCCCUGUGGCAGCUAAGUCUUUUUCUUUUAAACCCUGUCUUAAAACCAAUGCUAUGUAUUGGUUCCAAGGCAGAAGACCUAGGAGAUAAGUGACUUGCCCAGGGUCACCCAGCUAGGAAGUAUCUGAGGCCAGAUUUGAACCCAGGACCUUUUGUCUCUAAACCUGGCUCUCAAUCCACUGAGCCACCCAACUGCCCCAGCAGUUAAGUCUUAAGGUCUUCCCAAAGAAUGAAGGAGAGGGAAGUGAUUAUUCCUCAUGCUCAUCCCUCUUCCCCUAUUCUUCAUCUUCACCACCUGCCAAUAGGACCUGGUGCUCACUCUAUCUUUAACCUACAUCUCCUCAAUCAGUCCUGAAGGAUCACCUCCUGCCCCCCUCAACCCCGACUCUAAAUAAGGAACAAGCUCCUUAAAACCUUUCUUCAUAAAUGUUCACGUCAGUGACACAUCAUCCCCUCUUCCCAGGAGGGAUUCCUACCCUAUUCCCAGACCUGUGAAGGUUACAAGGUAUCUGAGAAAGGAGGAAGUCCUCUGGAAAUGGGGGAGGAGAUGAGACCUCCCCAUUCUGGCCCUUCCUUUGGGAGUCACCCCCUGCAGGUCCAGAUCGGCCGCUAAGGACAGAUCACUAAGCGGGUGAUCCUGCUGGCCUUCCCCUCUCUCUCUCUCUCUCUCUCUCUCUCUCUCUCUCUCUCUCUCUCUCUCUCUCUCUCUCUCUCUCUCUCUCUCUCUCUUUCUCUCUCUCUCUCUCUCUCUCUCUCCCUCCCUCCCUCUCUCUCUCCCUCUCUCUCUCUCUCUCUCUCUCUCUCUCUCUCUCUCUCUCUCUCUCUCUCUCUCUCUCUCUCUCUCUCUCUCUCUCUCUCUCUCUCUCUCCCUCCCUCUCCCUCUCCCUCUCUCCUUGCACCUUGGCAGAGAGGAAGUUCUUUCUGAGCACUUCCCUUCUUUUGCCCCUGAUCUUAGUAUCCAUGUCAUACGAUGGCCAACCCAAAACAUCCCUCAGAGGCCAGCUAGUCCUUGUUUUUAGGGAGGACGAACACCAAAACCAUGGGAAGGGAAAGGAUCGUGAAUGAGUUAUUUUAGGCUUAAUGGGAACUCCAAGCUGGGUCUCCAGACCCCCAGCUCAGUACUCACUAGAGGAAGAAGGCAGAGCUGCUUCUAUCUGUUGCAUUUAGUUAUACGUGUCCAUCUGUGUGUGUGUGUGUGUGUGUGUGUGUGUGCGCGCGCAUCUGAAUCUGUUGGAAUUUUCCAGGCUGGCCCCCACUCCCACCCCAACCUUUCCAGUGUAAGGAAUAGGGUUUUCUCCAGACCUUCAGGGUGCUGAUGGCUCGCAAUCUGCUGUCUGAUAUAGUCACAGGCUAUUCCUUGGCUUUAUAUCAUUCAAGCAUCCUCCUCCACCCCAGAGGCGACUGGUUUGCACCUCCCUGGACAAGAUGGAGUGAACAGUGAGCGGGGCUUUCAGUCAGAAAGAUCUGGGUUCAAGCCUUAAUCCUUUGUUUCAAAUCCCUCUUGAAAGGGAUCAGAGUCACCUAGCAUUUGCGAAGCCCCUGCUUUGGGCCAGGCACUGUGCUAAGCAAGCACUAGGGAUACAGAGAACAAUACCACAGUCCAUCCUGGCCUUGGGAUCCCGAGCAAAUCUUUUAGCCCUUCCCUUCCCUCUGCCCCAAGGAAUUCUCUGAAGAGCAAAUGCCAUUCUGCAUGGUAGAAAGUUUCCUCACUGGGACUUCCCUACACCAAUGAACUAACAAGUCCAUCUAAAAGAAAAAGUGGGGCAGAAGUACACAAUAAUGAAUGAGCGGUUCGGGAGCCUGGGUCAAGGUCAGGGCCUGGGAACUGGGCUCAAGAGAACCGAACCGCUAACCUCAGACUGGCCCUGGUGCCUCUCCUCUCAUGGGUGAGUGGGAUGGAUUUCCCAGAAUGAAUGUAAACACUGGUGUUGCUUUGGCAGCCAAGAGUAGCCCUUAGGUACUGAGUGACUCCAUUACUGAGUCAGACUGGGGUUAACCCCCUUUUCCAAUUCAUUUCUUUUCUAUUUAGUAAAGAAUGGAACCAGCAAGCAUGUGAACUUGCCUCCUCUCCUUUCCCUGCCUGCUUCUGUGUGCGUGUGCGUGUGUGUGUGUGUACAUGUGUGUGCAUGCGUGUGUGUUUGGGGGGUAGAGGGUUCAAUUUUUAAAGGUGAAGAAAUCACCUGAAGCAUUUCACCCCCAUUCGCUUCUUUGUUCGUCUUUCAAGGUGACUGUGAAAAUGAAUCCCAUCUGAAUUGCUUACAUGUGUCUGUUUCCCCAUUUUGUCUAUGAAAGAUAACGAAUACUGUGAAUUAAUGGCAACCAUCUGAGGGCGAAACCCUGGAGUCCUCCAUGGACUGAAAAGACCUCUGAGUAGGACCCUGUUUGGGAACUGGUCCGUAGCCAUUUAUUUUUGAAAGGAAGGUCCAAAUCCAAACUUUGCUUGAGAUGGAGCAAACCUUAAGGCCUUAGGAGUCACUUCCUAAUCCCAGGCAAAGCCUCCCAGCCCCAAGGAGUUCCUGUCUCCUAGCAACCCCUUUCCCAUCUCUCCUGAUGCUGGGUGGCGCACUCUCUUCUUGGAUGUCCAACAUGGUGGUUUGAAUUCUAGUGGGUUCUAACUUCUUCUACGAAUGGCAAUAACAGACUGGAUUUCUCAACAGUCAUUCCUGAAACAUGCAUGAAGCAAUGGAGUCAUUUGGCGGCGCUUCUGAUGUUUCUUGGGAUAUUUAAAGAUGCGCCUAGCCCUGUUGGCUUAUAUUUUUGUCUUGAGUUCUUGCUAACUUUUGGGGGCACACAAAUGUGAAACUGGUGCGGGAGGAGAAGGGGAGCUGGUGUAAUACUGCUACAUCCUCUGAGAUUUCACCCAUGUGUGUAAACAUGGAGUCUCAGAGGGUUAAAAAAUGGACUGUUUGUUUCUUUUUUGAAUGUGAUGUAAAAUUUGUACAGCAAAAAUUUUUAUAUUUUCUAUCAACUGAGUUUGUCUUCCACAGAUGCUUUUAAUUUAAUUAAAAUGGUUAGUGUUAUUAACAAGUGUGUUGUAUUAGUCGUAUGUUACUGGCAGGAGUACCCUCGGUGCCAAUGGAAUUCUGAUUAUUUGGAGAGCUCUUCAGUGAAUAAAAUAGAUAUGCUCCAUCAAA